AUGGAGGUGGAUGCAGAUGAGAAGCGCCAUCGAACACGCUCCAAAGUGCCUGUGGAACCAGCGAUACCAGAGCUGUUCAGCUGUCCUACACAAGGCUGUGAUGGGAGUGGACACGUCAGCGGCAAAUAUGCAAGACAUCGAAGUGUGUACGGCUGCCCUCUGGCCAAGAAGAGGAAAACAGUGGACAGACAGCCUCUGGAACCCCUGGAAGUGCUGGAGCCCAUACUGGAACCCCUUGAACCAGCAUCCAAGGGGACACCACUCAUAACCCAGAUGGACAACUCUACUAUGGAGGAGAGCUACGAGACGGACGGAACAGAGGAGAUGGAUGAUAGAGAUGAGGAGGUGGAGGAGGGAGUAGAGGAUGGGGGAGAUGAGGAAGAGGAGGAGGUAGAGGAUGAGGAAGAGGAGAGAUACUCGGAUGACAAUGAGGAACAGAUGGAGCAGGAAGAAGGAGAUGUGGAGAGAGGGGAGGGAGAGGGGGAGGAGGGAGAGGUGGAACAAGAAGAGGAGGAGGAGGAGGAAGAGGGAGUAGAAGAGGAAGAAGAUGAGGAAGAGUUUGAGGAGGAGUUUGAUGAGCAGAGUCAAGGCCAAGAGGAUGAUCAGUGUGUCGGCGGUGGCGGCCAUCCCAAAUCCGGUCCGACGGGGGAGAAGGACGACAACAACAACGAUGAAUAUGAGAACUAUGAUGAGCUGGUGGCCAAGUCUCUGCUCAAUCUAGGGAAGAUAGCAGAGGAUGCCGCCUACCGCGCCAUGACCGAGUCUGAAAUUAACAGCAACUCCUCCAACAGCGCCGAGGAAGAGGAGGAGGAGGAAGAGGAGGAGGAAGAAGAGGAGGAUGAGGAAGAAGAGGAAGAAGAGGAGGAGGGUGGGGAGGAAGGUCAUAGGAAGGGUGAGUUGACUCUGGAUGUGGACAGUGAUGUAGUGAGGGAGACAGUGGACUCUCUGAAGCUGCUGGCCCAGGGUCAUGGGGCUGUGCUUUCUGACAACCUGGAUGGAGGAGACUAUGAGGAAGGGACGGAGGAGAACGGGGAAGGGAGUCGUAAUGGAGGAGGUGGAGGUGGUAACGGUCAGGGUAAACCCUCUAACGGACUAGAGGAGAGUGAUGAGGAGGUGUGUCUAAGCAGCCUGGAGUGUCUGAGAAACCAGUGCUUCGACCUGGCCCGCAAACUGAGUGAGACGCAGCCGGCCGACCGCUUGGCCACAGGCCUCCCUCAUCAGAGCUACCCUGGCGGUGGGGACACCCAGGGGCAGCACCCCCAUCUCAACCCCCACCCCCACUCCCUCCCCCACGAGCCUUGGUACGGGGACCUCCAGCAGAGCCAGGAGGAUAGGCGCACCCUGGAGAGGAACUACUCUGACAUGGUCAACCUGAUGAAGCUGGAGGAGCAGCUGAGCCCGCGCUCCAAGGCCUUCUCCAGCUGCGCUCAGGAUGACCGCUACCACAACCACAUCCACGACCGGGACGAGGACACGCGGUCGGUGACGUCAGACCACUCGGAGGAGGUGUUCGACAUGACCAAGGGGAACCUGUCUCUGCUGGAGAAGGCCAUCGCGCUAGAGUCUGAGAGGGCCAAGGCCAUGAGGGACAAGAUGGCUGCCGAGGCAGCGCGGAGGGACAGGGUGAGGUAUCAUCAUCACCACGGGGGCCAUCAUGGGGAGCACCAAUCACGGCACGGCUACGGAGAGGAGCGCAAGGCCCGACUCCAUGAUGGGAUGAAGAAGCCCUACUACCAUAAAGAUUUAUCGCGCAGUGACAAGAAGGAGAGCCGGUGCCCGACGCCAGGCUGUGAUGGCACAGGUCAUGUGACGGGGUUGUACCCUCACCAUCGGAGCCUGUCUGGCUGUCCACACAAAGACAGGGUACCACCUGAAAUCCUUGCUAUGUAUGAAAAUGUUCUUAAGUGUCCUACACUGGGCUGCACGGGACGCGGCCAUGUCAAUAGCAACAGGAACUCCCACAGAAGUUUGUCAGGGUGUCCCAUCGCUGCAGCAGAGAAGCUGCAGAAAGCCCAGGACAAGAGCAUCUGUUGUGACGGCUCCUCCAAGUCUAACCAGGGUUCUGACCGCGUGCUCAGGCCUAUGUGCUUUGUGAAACAGCUGGAGAUCCCUCAGUACGGCUACAAGAACAACGUGUCCACCAGCACGCCACGCUCCAACCUGGCCAAGGAGCUGGAGAAGUACUCUAAGACCAGCUUUGACUACAGCAGCUUCACUGACAGCAGCCACAGCAACAAUGUCUACGGCAAACGGGCCAUCGCACCCAAACUCCAAGGCAGGGACACUUCCCCUAAAGGAUAUGACGCCAAGCGCUACUGUAAGAACUCCAGCUCGGCGAGUAGCACGACCAGCACCUACGCCCCCAGCAGCAGCAGUAGCAGCCUGAGCUGUGGAGGAGGGGGCGGAGGGGGAGGCAGUAGUGCCAGCUCCACCUGUAGUAAGAGCAGCUUCGACUACACCCACGACAUGGAGGCUGCCCACAUGGCCGCCACGGCCAUCCUCAACCUGUCCACACGCUGCAGAGAGAUGCCCCACGGCCUGGGAGGAAAACCCCAGGAUCUCUGUACUCGGAACCCAGACCUAGAGGUAGAUGAGAACGGGACAUUAGACCUGAGUAUUAAGCAGCGUUUGGGGGAUGGAGUGGGUGCAGUGCUCACCCCCCUGGAGCCCAUGUCGCCCCAGCGCCAGGCCCUGAUGCGCUACGGCAUGGGGGAUGACUGCUGGGACCUGCCAGUUGAUUACACCAAGAUCAAACGCAUCGACGAGGACAGCAAAGAGACGAAUGACCUGGACCCGUUCCAGGAGCUGCUGGAGCAGCGAGGUUACUCUGAUGAUGUCACCAUGCACAGCCCCAAGCCCAAGUAUGCCCAGUGCAAAGAGAGCAAGAAGGACCUGAUAACUCUCACUGGCUGUCCUUUAGCUGACAAAAGCAUUCGAAGUAUGAUGGCCACCAACUCACAAGAGCUCAAGUGCCCGACACCGGGGUGCGAUGGUUCUGGGCAUAAUACUGGCAACUACGCAUCACACAGAAGUCUAUCAGGGUGUCCACGGGCCAGGAAGAGUGGAAUAAAGAUAACACACAGUAAAGAGGACAAGGAGGACCAGGAGCCCAUCAGGUGUCCGGUCCCGGGCUGUGGCGGUCAGGGUCAUGUGACAGGGAAGUACGCAUCUCACCGCAGUGCAUCAGGCUGCCCCCUAGCGGCCAAGCGACAGAAGGACGGUUACAUGAACGGCUCCCAGUUCACAUGGAAGGCUGGGAAGACAGACGGCAUGUCCUGUCCCACCCCGGGCUGUGACGGCUCGGGUCACGUCAGUGGGAGCUUCCUCACACAUCGGAGUUUGUCGGGCUGUCCGCGUGCCACCUCUGCCAUGAAGAAAGCCAGACUGUCUGGACUGUCUGAAAUGCUAACGAUAAAACAGCGCACCAGCAACGGAAUCGAAAAUGAGGAAGAAAUUAAACAGCUGGAUGAAGAAAUCAAAGAUUUAAGUGAAUCAAAUUCACAAGUGGAAGCAGAUAUGAUCAAACUUAGAACACAGAUUACCACAAUGGAGUCUAAUCUGAAGUCAAUAGAGGAAGAAAACAAGGUGAUUGAACAUGAAAAUGAAUCUCUCCUGCAUGAGCUGGCCGGCCUCAGCCAGACACUGAUUAACACUUUAGCUAAUAUCCAGCUCCCUCAUAUGAAACCGCUGGCACACAAAGAGGCUUCCAUUAGAAAUAACAGCUGCUUACAGAUGCAUCAGAGAGAGCCGAUCAGCGAUCAGAACUUUGAUGCUUAUGUGACCACUCUAACAGACAUGUACACUAACCAGGAGCAUUACCAGAGUCCAGAGAACAAAGCCCUGCUGGAAAACAUCAAACAAGCGGUGCAAGGAAUCCAAGCGUAA